CCACGACAGCUGGAAGCCGAGCGGCACAGGCGCAUCGCUUCUUUGCUAAAAUUAUUGUGAAUAACGCGACUUCUGCUCGUCUCAGCGACUCCAGAUAAACCCUGGUCUGGCAUGGGCGACAAGAGGAGUCCCACAAGGCCGAAGCGUCAACCGAAGCCCUCCUCCGACGAGGGGUUUUGGGACUGCAGCGUGUGCACGUACAAGAACACGGCAGAAGCUUUUAAGUGCAUGAUGUGUGAUGUCAGGAAAGGGACAUCAACAAGGAAGCCUCGUCCCGUCUCCCAGCUCGUUUCGCAGCAGCAGGUAACACAGCAGUUUGUGUUGCCCUCGCAGCCCAAGAAGGAAAAGAAGGAGCGGGUAGAGAGGGAGAAAAGCGACAAAGAGCCGGUGCCGAAGAAGAACAGUCACAAGAAGAUGAGGCCGAGGUUAAAAAACAUCGACCGCAGCAGCGCCCAGCACCUGGAGGUGACAGUCGGGGACCUGACAGUCAUCAUUACAGACUUUAAGGAGAAGGCCAAGCCCUCGUCCACCUCAACCACGACGUCGUCGUCGUCAUCCAGCGCCACGUCGACCGCGGCCGACCACCACAGCCAGAACGGCUCCAGCUCAGAAACAACAGAGCGGGGGCUCUCUCGCUCCUCUUCGCCCAGAGGAGAGGGCAGCUCGGUUAACGGCGAGUCCCACUGAGUCCCCUCCUCUUUGACCCACCUCCUCUUCCCCACUACCACAACUCAUCUGCAAGGUUACAGGUGGAGCGUCUUUCCUCUAAUUUAGAGCUGUAAAAGACUUUUUUUUCCUCUUUUUUUCUGAUUUUUUUUUUUUUAUUAGAAUUUGACAAUACAGAAGAUUCAGCAGUUUAAGAUUUUUCACAGCAGUGGAAGUCUGCAUUUAGAAAGCAAUAUGACACACCUUCUCUCCAUCUUUUGAGUUUUCAGCAAUCUACAUUAUUGUUUGGUGUAAUCGAAAGGACCCUACACUAUCCGAGGCUUGUUACUAGAAAAUUUACCAAGACAAUUUUGUUUUAAAGAAACUUUCAGACAAGCUUCAUAAUCCCUUCAGAUGCACCAACCUUUUUUUAUAUUUUCCAACUAACUGUGCAGCCCCACUCUUUACUUCAUCAGCGACUGACAGGACGACUCUUAUGUCAACCCAUGUGGAAUUUUACGCCACUGUCUGGAAUCUUUACCUUCAUGUUAUAAACCUGAACCAUCUUUUUUUCAACCUUCAACCUCACAGCGACCCAUUGCUCCUGAUCUGACACUCCAAACUGUUAUUCUUAACUUCCUCUGCUGAAAGACUGACUAUUUGAUGGCAGGAUUUAGUACUUCUAUGUAAUUUUUGGUGCAGGUUGUUCACUCCACUUAAAGUUGAUACAGGCCAGACCUCUGCUGGAUAGUACAGGAAGCUAUGGCGUAGGGUUUUCAAGAUAAAAUAAGUGUCUUCUGGAUUUGAUUAUAUGCUGAUAUUUCAUGCUAGCCCUAGUUUGGAAACACAUUUUCAACCAGGUUGAAGCCAGAAAGAAGGUUUCCUUCUCUUCUUUUUGCAGCCUUUUGUUCAAAUGUAAAAGUGCAUCAGUCAAAAAAAAAAAGAUUUAAUUUGGAAUCAAAUUUACUGUAAUAAUGUGAUAAUUGAGCAUAUAAAAAAGUAGUAUCACUUCUGCUAAUGUGCAGAUUUUAGUUCAGUGUUUGCCAACAAAUUACCUCCUUGACAGAUUUUUGAUAGUCCUAUUUGCUUUGAAAAGUUUCUAAGCCUGGCCACACACUACAUAAUUUCAAGCCAGACUCUAGGUCGGAUUUGCCCUCUUAUGACUUAGUCAAAAUUAGUUGCAAAUGAUAUUUCAUCUAAAUAAUCCUCAAGUGUAUGGUGUCUACACUGCUUCCUACUGUGUCAGUGCCUUCCUUGCCUCAAAUCAACCAACUUUAGUUUGGGGUUGGACUGCCUCCAGUGAAAGACCCACAACAACCAAGGAGAGCAAGCAGACAGGGCACUGCACCAAAAUUUAGCAAAAUACUUGUUACAUUGCUCGCGGCUAGCAUGAAAUGGCAGAAAUUGUUAGCCUGAAAGAGCUAGCUCACUAGCUUCUACCUAACUUGCUUCCUUCUGCACUUGAACCCAAACAGAACUUAAAUUUAAGUAAAUAUUGAUGAUUACUUGGUCACAUAUUAGCCACAACAGCUAGCAUGUAUCUACCAGGCUUCUAUUUCCUUCUUUUUCAAGUUUUUCAAUUUUGCUCUUACAACUGCAUGAAACCAUAUUUCUGUUUUAAUUUUGCUUGCUUUCAGUUUCUCAGAACAAUUUUGACUGGUAUAUGUAGAAGGUAGUCAACCAGUGUAUCUGUAGCCCACCCAUUCUCUCCUUUAAAAGCUGCACAAACAGGGCUGCAUCUGCUUCUGCACCAACAAUGGACCGUGUUUGGACCCAGCGCGGAGCAACAGAAUAAAGCCCCCUGACCUCUGGACAUGCAUAUUUAUCAGCUGGAUGGGUGACGGCCUGCAGUGUGACAGACUUCAAAAACUGUUUCAGUUCCUCCAUUUUGAUGUAGCAAAGUGGGGGGAGCUUUAGGACACACUAAUCUCCCAGCAGAACAUCUUAUAGAUCAACCUAACUACACAAUAACUUAUAAAACCUGUAGAAAACUACACAGAUAAAAAUGGAUAUUUCUUAAAAAAAAUAAUAUUGUACUACAAUGUUUUGAUGUGGUUGUAUUAUCCAUCAUACCAGUGUUAUCGUCAAGAUUUUUACUUUAACAUUUUAGCACAGAUCCUGAGAAAUGUCAUGGCAUGAUGAUAUUAUGGUCUAGGUAUAUUGCGGGACACACUGUCUCCAAGUUUGUUAGCAUUGUUUAAUGUCUCACAGGUUCACCUCACUAGCUGGGACUAGGCGAGUGAACCGGUGAGAAAUGUUCAAAGAUGUUUGUCAUUGAGUUGUGGCAAAAAUGGACUUUUAAAAUUUGUUGGUGUCACUUGUUGAUAUUUUUUCUUUGCUUUGCCAUGCGACAUUGUUUAAAAAUGUGUGAACUUGUUUAUUACAUGUCUGAAUAAGAAAAUUACA